AUGAUUUUUGAUGAAAGCUGUAACAUUCAGGAGACCAUAUUUGUAGGUGAAAAUGAAGAAGAACCUAGAAUUGAAGCAGAAGACACUGAACUAAAUACGAUACAAUUAAUUGAACUUAGUGCAGAUAAAGACAAUGAUAUAAUUAGUGAUAAUCAAAGAACUAGUACAGAAUCAAACCAAGAAGAAGAAGAAAAAAUACCUAAGGCCAUUGGUGAAAAUAAAACUCAUUAUAGUAAAGAUAUAGAAAACAAAACUGAUACAAUUUUGAAACCCAAUGACGACGUCAAUAUGUGUCAAGCAGUAUUAACAAAAGUCGAAAACAAAAAACAAGAUGAAAAUUUUAAGCCCGUUAAUGAUCCCAUAGCUGAGGAUGAAAUGAAAGCUGAUGAAAAAGCUGAAGAAGGGCGUAAUAACAAUGUUGCAGAAGAUCGAGAUAAAAAAGCAAAAAAUAAAACAGGAAAACCAAAAGAAACACCCUUAAGAGAACCCAACAAGGUAACUACCAUUGACAAAUAUUUACAAGUUCCAAAGCCAAUUGAAAAAACCAAUAGAGCAAAAGCUGGACCUUCAACAAGCGCAGUUUCAUCAAAAGCUUGGAGAGAUUAUUAUAUUAACAAAGAUAACGAAAAAUUAGAAAAAGAAAACAUAAAAAAAAGAAAAAGGGAAGAAAUAGAAAAACGGAAGUUAGAAAAAGCGUCAAAAAAUAAAAAAAAGCUAAAACCCAAAGAUGAAAAUGAGAUACAAAAAAACUUAAUUAAAAAAAAAGUUAAGUGUGCAAUUUGCGAAGACUUGCUAGAAAGCGAUGCCGAAGAAGAAGGGGAAAAGAACGUCGGUUGUGACAUGUGCCCAAGGUGGUUUCACCUAAAUUGCACUAAAUUAGCUGGCGAAACGUACGAUUCUGUGAUUGAUCAAGAAUUUUACUGUGAUUUUUGUUGUGAAUGA